UCUCCCCCAUCCUAACAAGUCUUCAACAAAGACCGCUCGCUCCCUGCAGUCGAAGCAUCACUCCAGGACAAACCGCACAGUGUGCUUGAGCUGCCAUGACGAGUUCCUUCCCCUAAUUUCAGGAUCAUCAGCCCCCUGAACAUCCAAAACACAGUGCAUUAGGCUGUCUCUCCUUUGUUACUCCGUAGUGCAUGUCCCGUUUUCCUGCCUUAGGUACCGACUUUCCCCUGACCUUUGGGUCUCCCCACGAAAGCUCCAACCAAACCCGUGAAACGAAAAGGUCCGACACUCUUGGCUCAAGACCCCGCGACCUCAGAACUUGCCCAAGUCAUCUUUCUUCCUUCUCGUGCGAUCGACAUCCACCUUUUUUACUAUCACAACCGUUGCUACCACAUACAUCCAUCAUGGCCGACUCACUUACUGAAGAGCAAGUCUCCGAGUUCAAGGAGGCCUUCUCUCUCUUUGACAAGGAUGGCGAUGGCCAGAUUACCACCAAGGAGCUCGGUACCGUUAUGCGCUCUCUCGGCCAGAACCCCUCCGAGUCUGAGCUUCAGGACAUGAUCAACGAGGUUGACGCUGACAACAACGGCACCAUCGACUUUCCUGAGUUCCUUACCAUGAUGGCGCGCAAGAUGAAGGAUACCGACUCUGAGGAGGAGAUCCGGGAGGCUUUCAAGGUGUUCGAUCGUGACAACAACGGUUUCAUUUCUGCUGCUGAGCUUCGACAUGUCAUGACCUCCAUUGGCGAGAAGCUCACUGAUGAUGAGGUUGAUGAGAUGAUCCGAGAGGCUGACCAGGACGGCGAUGGCCGAAUCGACUACAACGAGUUCGUCCAGCUCAUGAUGCAAAAAUAAGAGACAAUAUUCUGAUACCUCAUCGACCAAACCUUCGGUCCUGCUAUCUCUCGCUAGUCGAUGAGUAACGAACACGCAUGGCAUGAGGAGGGAACUGGUUGAAUCUUCUUUACUUAGUGGCAAAACUGCAAGCGGAACGAAGGGCAUCUGGGACUGGUUGGACUGAAGUUGUGGAGGGUAAUCGGCUUGCUUCCCGUGUUACUUGCUAUCCCUGUGGCUUUUGUGUCACAGAAUCUGCCUACAUGGCUUCUAACAACUGAGCAAUUUUCCAUCUGGUCCGCAAACUGCAUAUUCGUGCCCGCUUAUAUGUUGUUAUCAAAUUUGUGAUUGUUAUCAUAGCCCGUCUGCAUCAACUGAUGGCCUGCCAUCCAAUGGCUUUGGUGAGGGGCAACGAACCGGCGACGGGCGGUCUGGAAAACGUGUCCGCCGUUGGAGCCAAUUUUCACGCUGGGCCAUGACAUGGAAGCACAAUCAGCCCUACCGCCCACGGGGCGGGAGCCUGGAAGCGUGGCUUAUCGAGUAUAAUGCCUGUAAGGGUAGGUAUCUGCUUCCAGGGCCUCGAAGGCUCAAAGUAUGUAUGUCCAGCCUCUUUGGACUACAUAAACAUGACUGCCGAAACUAUAAAACACGAUUGACAUGCAUGCUCCCUCGCCAUGAAUGGUCAAACUCGAGCUACCCUCUCGAUCUUGCUGUUCAGGGGGAGGAUGCGUUCAUGGGAACUCCUUUGUUGAGGGAGCCAACCCUUGAAAGCUUGCUGGAUAUAAGUGGCUCACGGCUGGUAUAAGGCUCCAAAGAACCGAAGCCCAAAUAUUUAGUUAGCUAUCCGUAGACCAGUCGGAGAAGGCAGCCGGGUCAGCUUAGCUUACAUGUGCAUGGCUAUGCCACAUCGUCUAAUUAUUGCAAGGGAGCU